AGCACCCUGCCACCACCUCUCCAGUCAAAGAGCAGAUUAGUGGGCAGGGCGCUGGCCCGGCCGAGCCACCCUGACCAGCCUGCAGGGGCUGGGGCAGGAGGGUCUCCGGGCUUCGCGGGGCUCCGGGGCGCUCAACUCUGAGCCACAGCUGCUCGGCGGGGCCAGAUCCCUUAAGGAGCUGCGCGCAGGAGGAACCCGGCACCAAAGCUCCUGGGCCGCUGCCUGCGACCCUGGGCUUCCCCGAGCUCUCCCUGACCCUGGAGUGCGGGCGACCCGCGCUGCGUGCCCGAGCUCUAGCGGACCCGCGCGCUCCCUCGCGGCCCCCUCCGAGGAGGGGCGCGCGGGGGCCCGACUGGCACCUCCCGUCCGUCCGCCCUCCCCCUUCCACGCCCGCCCACCCGACCCGGCAGACGCGGCGCUGCGCUCCGAGCCCGGGAGGGAAGCGCGGCGCGGAGUCGCUGGCGCCCUUAGUGCAGCCCGGCGAAGUGGAGAUGCGCGAGGGGCAGGCGAGCGCGCGCAGCUCCUGAGACGCCGCGCCAGCCGGCACCAUGCGCCUGCGGCCGCUGCCCCUAGUCGUGGUCCCCGGCCUGCUGCAGCUGCUAUUUUGUGACAGUAAAAAGGUGGUUCAUGCCACAGAGGGACUGGACUGGGAUGACAAAGAUGCUCCAGGGACAUUGGUUGGAAAUGUGGUGCACUCAAGGAUCAUCAAUCCUCUGCGUCUGUUUGUUAAACAGUCUCCAGUUCCAAAGCCAGGGCACUUGGCGUACGCGGACAGCAUGGAAAACUUUUGGGAUUGGCUGGCCAACAUCACAGAAGUUCAGGAACCACUGGCAAGAACUAAACGGAGACCAAUAGUAAAAACAGGAAAAUUUAAGAAAAUGUUUGGAUGGGGUGACUUUCAUUCCAACAUUAAAACUGUUAAACUCAAUCUCCUCAUCACAGGGAAAAUUGUUGACCAUGGAAAUGGAACCUUCAGUGUUUAUUUCCGACAUAAUUCCACAGGCCUAGGCAAUGUUUCAGUUAGUUUGGUACCCCCCUCCAAAGUGGUGGAAUUUGAAGUUUCCCCACAGUCCACCCUGGAGACCAAGGAGUCUAAAUCAUUCAACUGUCGCAUUGAAUAUGAAAAAACAGAUCGGGCAAAGAAAACCGCCCUGUGCAACUUUGACCCAUCGAAGAUCUGCUACCAGGAGCAGACUCAAAGCCAUGUAUCCUGGCUGUGCUCCAAGCCCUUCAAGGUCAUCUGCAUUUACAUUGCCUUUUACAGUGUUGAUUACAAACUUGUGCAAAAGGUCUGCCCUGACUACAAUUACCAUAGUGAGACUCCAUAUCUAUCAUCUGGCUAAAUCUUUCCACAGCGAUAGAAAUGAAAGUCAAGUAUAUAUUUAAUUAGAAUGCCCAAGAAUCAAGCCCAGCUUCUUUUAAUAUUCUUUUUGUUUCUUUGUUUCUGUUGGUUCCCUAUGAGAUUUCUAAAUUUUAAAAAGAAACAUCUUUAAAUAUAAAAUGUGUUUGUUUUGAACAUAAGUACCUUAAAGAAUCAAACUGUUUUUGAAAGCAUCACUUUCAAGUAGGAUGGCUAAGUCUUAGAAAUACUGUUGUUUCUCUGAAAGAAGAAUCAAUGGUAGCAACAGAAGAACACAAGAAAGAGUCAAAUUGUGCAUGUCAUAAACAUUGCUCUUGAAAUGAGCCUGCCUUUGAAACAUGUUUUGGAAGGUUACCUUAAAAAUAGCAGUUCCAGUAAAGUAACUGAAAAGAUUGUGUGUGAUAGUUGAAUCCCAUUUCUGACAUUUUUUAUUGCUGUGCCCCCCCCACAUCUGUGCUGUUAUUGAUAUGAGAGAUGAAGGAGUAAAUUUGUCUCAGAACUCAUGUGUGAAGUUACAGUGCCACAGUGGAACUAAAUACAUUGCUGUUUGAGCUAGAGUUGAAUGGAAUAUAAUUUGAACACCUAGCUACAAGUCGGUCAUCAUCCAUAUGAGUCUCAUCUGAAUGGUAAUAUUGGUGUAUUAAGAAAGAAAAUCUGGAUAUGUCAGUUCAGCGGUAAUGAAAAUGAUCUUUUAGAGGGUCUUGUAGGGUGUUUUGUUUUGUUUUUUUUUUUGCUAAAAUCAUUGCUGUGAAAUAGCCAACCAUACCUUAAAUCUUUGUUAACAUUAGAACCUCACUCUAUUCAUUUCAUAAUGUGAUUUUUAUGUACAUGAAUAGAGCAAAUCAAGUUGAGAAAUUACUUCCUAGGUGAGAAAAUAAAAUGAAGUAAAGGGAGGAAAUUAUAGAAUUAUGAACUUAUUUCUAAUCAACUCGGUUCAGUUCCUAUUGCACGAAGCUAAUUAUUUGAAAAGGGAGUUAAAUUCUAUGUGGAAACGAAGUUAUAUUUAAACAUUACUUUUUAUUCAUGCUGCCAAGGUUAUCACAUUUCCUGUACUACAAAUUUACUGCUACUGGCAGCUCUUUUUUUUUUUUUUUUUUACAGACUGAGACAGAGAAAUUUAGAAGGAUUGAAGAGAUAAAGAAAGAGAGAGAUGAAGGGACACCUACAGCUUUGCUUCACUAACCGUGAAGCUUCAGGUCUCCUGGAGGUAGAGACUGCGGGCUUGAGCCUGGUUCCUUGUGCACUGUACUCUGUGUCCUCUACUAGGUGCACCUCCUCUUGUCCCCACAAAAACAUUCCUAAUUAUUACUAAGUGAUAAUAUCCAAAGUACUCAAUUUAUCAAGCUCUUCAGGUUACUUCAAAAUUAAUAUUGCUUCACAGUUGCUGUCCUCCCAUUCUGAAGGGAGAUCUUCCUCCUGUGCCAUAAAACUAGAUAAUCUUUAUAUUUUCACAGAAAGAGGCUCUAGAUAAAUAGAGGGGAAUAAAGAAAGGUUCCUAGAUCUUGGGAUGUUUGUUUUUUUUUUAAUAGGUGUUAACACUCUCUCUUUUAAUGUGUAAAAUAACAGCUAGGUGAAACUAAAAAAAACUAAAGGAAGAACAAGCCUAAUAAACAAAACUGCUCUUACCACUCUGUUCAGAAAUUCAAAAGCUCUAGUUUUUUUGGUUUCGUUUUUGUUUUAACAUCUUCUUUCUUUUCCUUUUAUGGUGAUAAUGCACAGUGUUUGAUUUUUGUCUUUUGUAAAAAUUAUACUAGGCUUAGUGUGUAGUAGUUCAGGCUUGAAAUUUUUGCUGAGUUCAUCAGGUGGUUUUGUACUUUUGUGGUUGGUGUGAAAUGUUUUGAGACAUCUUAUUUUCAUCUAGAGACAAGAUAAAAUACUGUUUAUUGUAAAAUAUGUGGGAAUCAUAUAUGUAUAUAAACUUAGGAUUUUUCUGUGUAUAGGGAAAGUAUGUGGACACGUUUAUAUGUAAAUAAAAAGAAUUUGUUAAAUCUGU